AUGGCCGCGCCUAGGCACUCCGCCAUGCUGUCUAUCAGCAAUGCCAGCACGCCGCAGUCCACAUCCAGUGACAAGACACAAGUACAACAGCCACAAAGUCCCGCAGGUACAUCCGGGCUCCGCGUGCCAUCAAAUCGCAAGACAAUCUACGACCGACACUUGAACCGAAGCCGCAAUGCAGAGCUCAGCCGAUCAAGCUUCGCCUACCUAUUUGGGGAGAUGGUCUCAUAUGCCCAGCGGAGGGUAACGGGCAUUCAAGAUCUAGAGAAACGAUUAAACGAACAAGGAUACCCCCUAGGCCUCCGUCUCCUCGACCUCCUCUUCUACAGAGCAACCUCUACAUCCUCCUCGGCACUUUCCAGUUCCUCAACAUCUUCUUCACCCCCAAAUAGACCCCUCCGCAUCCUAACCCUCCUCCACUUAAUUCACGGUCCCCUCUGGCGCCUUCUGUUCCAACGCUCCGCAGAUGCCCUUGAGCACUCUGUUUCUCCUGAUACCCCUAACGAAUACAUGAUCACCGACAACGAACCUCUCGUAAAUACCUAUAUCAGCGUCCCCCGCGAGAUGAGCAUGCUUAACUGUGCGGCCUUUGUGGCCGGAAUUAUUGAAGGCGUCUGCGAUGGGUGUGGCUUUGAGGCGAAGGUUUCAGCACAUAAUCAACCCACGGAGAUGUGGCCCUCCAGAACGAUUUUCUUGGUGCGCUUUGGGGAUACCGUUAUGGAGAGGGAGAAGGUGUUGGAGCGGGCUGGUGUUAAAUAA